GGCCUUAUUAAUAUUGGUACUCGUAUCAUUUAUUUUAGGCCCGGUUGAUACCCGAAAGAGCUCCGAUUUUCUAGCUCCGAUUUUUUAGCCCCUGUGAAAUUGUGGGAAGAAGAAGAUGGAGUACAGGAACAAGCUAGUGCUAGCUCCUAUGGUUCGAGUUGGCACGUUGCCGUUUAGGUUAUUAUCAGCUGAGUAUGGUGCGGAUAUUACUUACGGGGAGGAGAUUAUUGAUCAUAAACUUAUUAAAUGCGAGCGUCGUGUUAAUGAUGUCUUAGGGUCGAUUGACGUUGUUGAAAAGGGAACGGAGGCUGUUGUUUUUAGAACAUGUGAUGAAGAAAAAAGCCGGGUUGUAUUUCAAAUGGGCACUUCUGAUCCUGUGAGGGCUUUAACUGCUGCUCAAAUAGUGUGUAGAGAUGUUGCUGCUGUAGAUAUCAAUAUGGGUUGUCCCAAGGCAUUCUCUAUUAGCGGAGGAAUGGGAGCUGCACUUUUGACUAAACCAGAGCUUAUUCAUGAUAUCUUGACUACAUUAAAGAGGAAUUUAGACAUACCAGUUACAUGCAAGAUUCGAUUGCUAAAAUCGUCCAAGGAUACAAUAGAAUUGGCACGGAGAAUUGAAAAGACUGGGGUUUCAGCCCUUGCUGUUCAUGGGAGAAGAGUUGCUGAUAGGCCAAGAGAUCCUGCGAACUGGAAUGAAAUUGCUGAUGUUGUGGCCGCAUUAUCAAUUCCUGUUAUAGCAAAUGGCGAUGUCUUUGAGUACGAAGACUUUCAGCGAAUUAAAGAGGCAACAGGGGCUUCGUCAGUGAUGGUUGCUAGAGGAGCUCUUUGGAAUGCUUCAGUAUUUUCUUCUGAAGGCAAAUUACCCAGGGAUGACGUGAAAAAACAAUAUGUUAGAAAGUGCAUCUUAUGGGACAACGACAUUAGGAGCACAAAACACACCCUAAAGGAAAUGAUAGCAUGUCAUGCUUCUCUUGGACUUCCGGAGGGAACAGCUGUGAUCAAGUCGGAAACGCAUGCUGAUAUAGCGAGACAUUAUGAUGAAGAGAAGUACUAUGCAUCUGUUACCCAAAGCCGUUUGUUUUGCAGAGACAGAUGACACUGUUCAAGAAAUUUCAUUUGUCUUCAGUUACAAACAAAUACGGACUUGCAUCAAGCCAGCAUAUUGCCACAACAGGACCGUGUGAAGAAAGAGGCGACUAUUAUUACAUCAACAGAAAUUGGGAUAUUGUAACUUACGAUUUUGGUAUAAUACAACCGUUUUAUGACAAAAAAAACAGAACUUGGGAUAUUGUUGUAACAUGCUAGUGCUUUAGACAAACCGUAAAAGCAACUUCAUUAUAAUGAACAUACAUGUUUCUCUUUUUUUUUUCCGAGAUUAGAAUUUAGAAGGAUAAGAAAUAUUGGAAUGUAUUGUGUGUUUAUUCUUCA